ACCUACUCCACAUCUUGAAGAAUCCUUUCGCCUGAGGAAGUACCUAUUCAAGACUUUCCAGAGACCUCUCACGUCCCUGACCGCAGCAGCUGAGCUGAUCCCAGCCCUAUACAUUAGCCUAUCGGCUGCUAGCUCCGCAUCAGUCCUCCCAGCCCAGUCCGGAACUAGCACUUCAUCAUCACGCGAGCUUCCACCACUCUUGCAUACCUGGUAGGGUACAUUCCAUUCCAGCUCUCCCGAGCCUCCAGACCAAGGCGCCAUGCCCAGCACACCCCCGCCCACACCUCCUACUGCUACUGCUACUGCUACUACUACAACUACUAGCACUACCACCGAGCAUGGGGUCCCCGAGCUCACUCCAAUAUAUUCCUCCACCUCCACUCCUCCACCUCCACCACUCGCAGCACCAGCUCCCGCGCGCCUCCGCCGAAUCGUAACCUUUUCCACGACCGCCUCCAGCAUCUCCACCACCUGCGAUAUGGACAUUCCCAUCCCUAGCCGGCCCCAAACGACGACGAGCCUGUCGCCGGGAGGAGGACCGGGGGGGCUAGACGACGAGCGCACAGCGAUCACGUCCUCACACGGCGCCAGCAGCAUCCGGUCCUACGGGAUAUCGCAGCGCGGGCUCGUCCCCGCCCGUGGCCGCUCCUCGUCGUCGUCCGACGACGAGGAGCUCGAGGAUGAGGAGCGCGAGGGUGACCGGAAUAAACAUGGCUUCUUUGGAAGACUCGGCGCGAUAGAGCUCGAGAAUAAGGGCUCGGUCGCGAGAGAUCAUUUGGCGCUGGAGAGGACAUUCCUCGCAUGGCUGAGAACAAGUCUAGCCUUUGCUUCAAUCGGCAUCGCCAUAACGCAGCUCUUCCGUCUUAACUCGGCCACGGUGCCCCACGGGGAGACGAAGGACACGCUGCGAACGAUCGGCAAGCCACUGGGGGCCACGUUCCUGGGCAUCGCGAUACUGGUGCUGCUGAUCGGCACGAACCGAUACUAUGAGUCCCAGGCGUGGCUGCUGAAGGGGAAGUUCCCCGCUAGUAGGGGCAGCGUGUUUUUGCUCACGUUAGUCGCGUGUGCUUUGAUCGUCGCCUCGCUGGUCAUUGUGCUCGUUAUUUCGCCGACGCAGUCGGAGCUUUAGUACUCUGGUGGGUGUACAUGUGGGUGUAGGUGCGUGGUGUUUGCGGGUUCUUCUUCUUCAUCUUCUUCAUCUUCUUCUUCUUCUUUCUUUCGCGGCGUUCAUCUGGGACAAUCUGGGACAUGUGUUUGUUUAUUUGUUUGAUUUGAUUUUGAUUUUGGAUUGGCAUAUGCAUUCAGCAUGGCAUGGCAUUUUUUUCAUUGCACAUUUUCAUUGCACAUACUUACAUAAUGGGAUUUUUGUCUUUUCAUACUUGGUGUUUAUACUAUACGGGCUGGCUGGCUGGAUGAACGGAUGUAGAUAUUUGGGGCUUCUUCUUUCAGAUAUUUGGAGUACAUUGUACGAGUACGAGUAAAGU